CAAGCUCCUUAGGCAAUAUAUGAGCGUAAGAUGAAGUCACAAACAUUGCGACUGGAGUCAACUCCCACUCAUCAGUCAGCACAGUCACUGCUUUAUGUGAAGUACCAGCUGGUGCCACGGUCUCCCAGUCCUCCAUACUUAGUUGUGCACGUCUGAAAUUGGGAAAUGGACACGACAUUUAAGUCCAGAUCCAUAACUGCUGCGCUUGCCUGGGCGUUUGCGUUAUUCCUUCACAAAAUCUGCUUUGCUGACAAAAUUUGUACGGUCCCAACAGAGCCGGUGAUUAUUAAAGAGAACAGCACUGUUGACACAAUCGUCGUCCAUAUUAACACAAUGACAAAGGAUGUAACAUUGAAUAUCACAGAGAAUCCUGGGAAUUUCUUCUAUCUGAAAGGUUUAGACCUGAUGGCAAAGAAAAGCCUGGACUUUGAAACUCUUUUAGCUCCUGAAGAACUAACAGUUCAUGUUCGAUGUAAUAAAACCGGCCAGAAAAGUAUUACUCUGAUCGUGCUUGUUCGUGUUGAGAAUAUAAAUGACAACCCUCCGUUAUUUAACCAGAGCGAGUAUAUACUUGACGUAAAUGAGCUCACACCUGUAAAUAGCAGCAUUGCUUUAAUUGAAGCCACAGAUGAAGAUUCAGAGGUUCUGUAUUACUCUAUUGAACCAACAGUGCACAGGUACUUCAGACUGGAGACCAUGUAUACCCCACGAAUUCUCGUGAACAAGGUUUUGGAUUAUGAUGUCGUCCAACAGGUGAAAUUCACCCUGUUUGUUCAGGAUACUCAACCUCCUGGACCACCAAAUGACGUGUCCUUUACAGCCUCAGCAACCAUCACCGUCAAUAUAAAAGACAUUGAUAACCGUCCUCCGUGGUUCCAACCAUGUACAAGAAUAAAUAAUGGUUACGCUAAACUCUGCCUGAGUUUGGGCUACAAGGGAAAAGUCAACUUAACAGAGAAACAGGACGGAGCACUGCAGUUACAGCCGGGUCCGGUGUAUGCCAGAGAUGGAGAUAAAAGUAGAAAUGAAGAGAUAAGCUAUAAAAUAGUUAAAGGAAAUGAAGACAAUAUAUUUCAAAUUGAUGAAAACUCGGGCAACAUCACCAUGUUGAAACCAGCAGAUGUAGCAGGUCCAGUAUCACUCUUAGUAUUGGUCUCACAGGUAUCAAACAGGGACCAGUUUGCCACCACAACAGUCACCAUUGAAGUCAAGAAGAAGAGCAGAAAUCCUCCACGGUUUGAGAAGGAACGUUAUGAAGCGUAUGUUUACAGUAAUUCAGGACCUGAAAACAUGGUGCUACGGGACCGAACAUCAAACAGACCCCUCAGAGUCAGAGCGAGGGAUGAGGAUUUCGCAGGUGGAAUCAAUCCAGAUAUAAAAUAUGAAGUGCAGUAUAGCAGCUAUGUGAAUAUCACAACAGAUGGGUUUUUUAUUCUGAAGAAAGCAGUUCGCACAGAAUCUUUUGCUCUGCAGCUUCGGGCGGUUGAUGUGGCCACUGGUGAGGCGGGAACAUCCACCCUCUCUGUGAUUGUAUUACAAUCUGUGGGCGUCCAGUCGCCCGACGAGGGUUACCGAGCAGGAGAUAUGGCUCUGCUGGGCUUCGUGAUGGCUGCUCUGCUGGUGCUGUGUCUCAUCGUGAUCGGCUAUCUCAUAUCCCGCGUCAAGAAGGGGAAUCCGGCCGCAUUCAAGUUGUCUGAGUGUUUAGGGCCAUUCUUGAAGUAUACUCAGCCCCCUAACAGGCCAAGAGAUAGCAUGCAGUUCACCAAUGAUGGUUUCUUAAAUGAAGGGGACACGGGAAGAUCCGGGUCCAGGCGUGCCGAACUGAGAGAUCGGAGGCCGGAAUCGGGUCAAGCGGGCAGGGUGCGAGCGACACCUCGCGAGAGACAGAGGCAUUGCAGUUCCUGCGGUCACCAGGUACAAAGCAACCACAGCAGCCCCGUUGUCCAAUCCAGAGGAAGGCCGGGUAAAAAUAAGGUAAAAUCCAUUCUGGCUAAAGAGAGGAGGAGAGAGGAAAGACAAAAGACAGUGUGGUUUAAGGAGAGCGAGGAUUCUUCCGAUAUCGAGGUGGAAAUCAUUCCAGACAAUAUUGGACUUAAACCUGAAGAGGACACGGAGAAAGCGGAAGCAGAUUUGGCUUCCUCUCCGUCGGAAAUGGAAAUGGGUGAAUUAACUAUGUUGAAUAUACAGGAGUUGAAAAGCAGGGAAGCAGAUAACAAAGAUGGACUAAACACAGGGAAGGUAGAUCAGUGAAGAUCUGCUGCGCAGGUCAAGGCACAAAUUAGAUUCCUCUGAUGAAUUCAGUAUUACUAUUCAGUUCGGUUGAUAUACUGCAUCGUUGUAAAAAGAUAAAAGUGCCCCUGUGGAGAUCUUAUUACAGACACAGUUUGUGUCAAAAUAUGACAAAUUUUAGGCUUUGGAGAGCAACGAUUUCAUUCAGAUGUAUUUUUUAUUGUUUGAUAUGUGUGCUGCACUAAUAUGCAAAUAUGUGUUGACUUGUUGUGUUUUAACUUAUUUCUCAUGAAGAAUAACUAAAGAAUUUAGCAUUUCAUGUUGGCUUACUGCUCUAUUUAAUAAAUAAUAAAUCAUGAAAACAUUAUUUUAUAUGAACAUAAAUUAUUUGACUUUGUUGAGAAAACGAAUAAAGUGCGUGUGAAUUUAA